AUGGCUUUAACGACAACGGUCGCUGAGCUUGUCGACUCAGAUGAUGAGUGGAUAGAUAACUCAGGAAGCUCAAGUGACGAAACAACAGAUACGAAAGAGUUUCCAAAUUCGGUCGAGUAUAGUGAUGAGCGUAUGGCAAUUGAUAACUUGAUGUUUCCAAUCUCCGAUUUUGAGAGUGAAUUUAAUAAUGAAGAUAAAAUUGAAGACGGGCAAAUAUGUCGUGGGCAAGUCAAUGAGAAUUGGAUAAGAGUAGAAGACCAGUCAAGUGUGAAGAGCCCACAAGCCCAUUUAUCAAUGAGAGUACGAGUACCGAGCUUAAAGCACACGAGGAAAAUAAUUACAGGCUCAAACUUAUGUGAAGAUCCGUUUCUUGACUAUCCACGUGGUGUGUGUACCCAACUUAACAAACUUCACCUGUGCAAUUGUAAGCUGAGCCGGGUCGGGAGCGUGCGGUUCAAACGUCUGCGCACACUCACCCUCGAACACGUCCAAGUUGAUGGUGGGACUUUGGUGAAGAUAUUGUCGGGCUGCCCUUUGCUCAGCCGCCUGGUUUUUAAGCACUAUGUAUUGUUUAAUUUUGGGAGGAUCGAAGGGCGUAGCAUCAAAAUCGAUGUCCCGAAUUUUGAGAGGAUCGAAGGGCACCUUGUCCUUAAAAGAUAUGGGGAGUUGAGAAACAACAUUAGGCUGAGCAGGGCGCUCAAGCACUUUGAACUGGCAUUAUUGUUUUCCCAUCUCACGAGUUUGUAUCUUCAAUUUGUUAUCCUGUCGAACGAGUCGUUGGACCUAUUAUCGCUUGGCUGCCCAACUCUUGCGAGCUUGACCCUAUGUGAUUGCUCUGGUUUCGAGGAAUUCCAUCUUGCAAGCGAUUCGGUCAAGUUCUUGACUAUCUCGACCAGCGAAAUAUUGUUUAAAGGAGUUAGGAUUUGUGCCCCGAACAUUGUCAGGUUUGAUUUUGCCCCUAUUCCCCUGACGUCGGACACACUCUCUUUCACGGCUCAUUUUCAGUAUUGGUACUCAAAAGUAACCCACUAUUCGCGCAUGGAUGGUCCUGAUUUCGACGUCACUUUGUGGUUCCUUAAGCUGAGACGAGUGCUCAAGUCACUAAGUGGGUCUCAGAUUUUUCUGACUCUGCAGAUAUACGGCAGCCCUCUGGACGUGCCAUGUGGUGCUGUUGACGGAAGUCGUCUUCUCAGUGACGAGCCGCCUGUGGUGGUGCGAAACUUGGAAUUUACAACUUCUAGUCGCAGGGAAUCUUGGUACUCGGACUUUAUGAAUUAUUUGUUUCGUGUUUGUCGACCGAGUCACGUAUGGAAUUCUAGGCUCGUGAGCGAGUCGGCCAGGAACCACAGGCUCUCAAAGUUUCAGUUCAACAUCUUGCUUGCAAACAUGAGCCUCGGAACCUUUUGGCGGCACGAUUUGGAGCAAGUGCACGUGAGAACCGUCAAUGGGAAAAUAUGGCAGCUCGUGGAGUGGACGGACCUUUCAGAAUUGCGAAACAGGACGUAUGACGGGAAAAAGUGGGAGUUAGAUCUAAACCUCAUCUCGCAUGUGCUUGAUCCUUGUAUCAACAUGGUGUCGUGGUUUUUGAAGCUAAAAAGAAUGCUCGAGGCAUUGAGUGGGUCUCCAAUUUCUCUGUCUUUGAGGAGGAAGGGCAACGUGUCCGAAAGGCUGACGUUCAGUACUGUUGACAGCUCAACAUCGGGAAACGAUGGCAGCUCAUGCAGUGGACGAAGCUGGAAGAGUUGUGAAAUCGGGCGCAAGACGGGAAAAUUCGCCUUAGAUUGA